CUGUAGUCACAUGGUUCAAAUGAAGUGUCUCUCAAAAGUUAUUUUCAUUCUUUAAAAAUCUCAUUGAGCAGCAUAGACACAAGACAAAAGAAAAGUACACAACCAUUUGCGAAAGAAUUGUAGAUGAAGCCCAUUUCAAUUCAAUUCAUUCAAUAAAUAAAUAGGAAAGGAAAAUAAAAAGAAAAGGGAAAUUGAAAUAACAAACACACUUUCUUUUCCCGGAUCCCAAAUUUACAAAAUUCGCAAUCAAAUUUCUGUAAUUCUGGUACCGAGUUUCUCCCUCCUCACAACUCGUUCCGAUUCACUCACUCCAUGACUCAGCGCACAUCUUCUUCAUCAAUCAACAAAUUCGACGUCUUCGAGUUCAACGAAGAAGAGGAGAAAGUUUCUUCGAAGAUGUUCAGCAAGUUCACAAACCCUAACAAACCUCGUUCUUCUCCAAUUUCAAAGUACGAUUUCCUUCAAGCCUUUGCGCAAAGUUCUAAACCUCCAUCGAAGUCUGUUCCCGUUGAUCCAAUUGACCUCGAUGAUGAACAAGAAGAUGAUGAAGAAGAAACCAAGUGUUCACAGGAGAAAGUUUUCAACAAACGGUUAGAAAUUGACGACGAUGAGGAUGAUGAUACUGGUAUUGAUAAUCAUGGAAAAAAUGGUAAUGCGUGUUUAAUGGACUCGCCAUUGCAACAUGUUGCUGAUAAAGCGAUCACUGGCUAUGCUGAGUGUAUUGAUAGCGACUUUGACUUGAAAAAUCAGAGUCUUGAUAUGCUUUCUGAUGAUGACGAUGAUAGUAGUGAAAUGAGUUCGUCUUCAAAAUUUGAAGAUUGCUUUGAAGACCAGCUAGUGGCCGAUGAUUCUGCUGCAUUUAAAAUUAAUGACAUAGAAAAGGUGGUUGAUGUCUUCCCUGAUUUUAUUCAAUAUGAAGAAUUAUACUGCACCAGUUCUCGGUUAAUAUUCUCGUGCAGCUCCCUGAAACUUGAAGGCCCAACAAAUAAUCAAGCCGGGAAAACUUUUAAAAUUGAGUGGGAAACUGAAGAUAUUAUAAAAAUUGAAUCAUGCUGGUUUGAAAAGAUUGAAACAGCAUUGAUCAGCCUUCUCCUUAGAUCAAAAGAUUCUGGAGAAGUUGGCAUUACAAAUGAAAAGCCAGGUUUUAAGCUGUUGAAAUUUGCAGUUUAUGAUUCAUAUUGGUCCAGUGCAGAAGAGGCUAUCAAAUUAUUGGAUAUGAGAUACACUGAUAUCUGGAGUACUUUUUUUGUCACUGACACAGAUAACUAUGGAAAUAAUUCUGCAUUGGGGCAGGGCAGUUUGUUUUCUCAGAGGCAUUAUUUUCCCAUUUUUGGUGAAGCAUUUGACGAGGUUAUUUAUCCGAAGGGUGAACCUGAUGCUGUUUCCAUUAGUAAGAGAGAUGUUGCGCUUUUACAGCCAGAGACAUUCAUCAAUGACACAAUCAUCGACUUUUAUAUCAAGUAUUUGAAAAAUAAACUCACAACUGAUGAACAGGAGAGGUUUCACUUUUUCAAUAGCUUCUUCUUCCGAAAGCUAGCUGAUUUAGACAAAGAUCCAUCAAGUGCUAGUGAUGGCAGAGCAGCUUUUCAACGUGUACGUAAAUGGACCAGGAAAGUUAACCUUUUUGAAAAGGAUUAUAUCGUGAUUCCCAUUAACUACAGUCUUCACUGGAGUUUGAUUGUCAUUUGUCAUCCUGGGGAAGUGCCAUGCUUCAGAGAUGAAGAAAUUAAAGAAACUUCCAAAGUACCUUGCAUCUUGCACAUGGACUCCCUGAAAGGAAGUCAUAAAGGCCUCAAGAGUGUUUUCCAAAGCUACCUGUGUGAAGAAUGGAAAGAGAGGCACUCUAAUAUGGUGGAUGAUUUUUCUUCUAAAUUUUUACAGUUGCGGUUCAUCUCACUAGAGCUUCCUCAGCAGGAGAACUUGUAUGAUUGUGGCCUGUUUUUGCUCCACUACGUGGAACGUUUUCUGGAGGAAGCUCCUAUCAAAUUUAACCCUUUCAACAUAACAAAGUUCUCUGAUUUUUUGAGCAGUAACUGGUUCCCUCCGGCUGAGGCUUCUCUGAAGCGAUCUUAUAUAGAGAACUUAAUUUAUGAUAUAUUUGAAAAUAGUUCUUUGCAAGCACCCGCUUGCCAUGGCAAAGGUCCUCUCCCUGAAGUACCUUGUCUUAUCAAGCACAAAGUGGAUGCAGGUUCCUCUGGGGCUUGCUGUUAUCCUGCUAUGUGCCACGGGAAUCCUUCAAAUUGCUCUACUGAGACUGAUAUUCAGUUCCCAACUGCUUUCCCUAUAAGAGUGACAUCGUGUUUGAGAGAUCAUGGAACUGUUUACAAGGACUUGCAAACAGCAGCUGUAUCUCCGCAUUCUGAUUGUCUGAAGAUGUCAGUGUGCCAUCGAAGAAGAUUCAUGUCACCAAUAAAGGAAACUGAAGAGUUUGGUGAGGAAGUCGCAAUAUCCAUAGUAAGAGAAAAUUCUCAAGUAGGCAUUGUGGCAUCUGAUUUCCCAUCCACAUCAUAUAUAGGUAUAGAUCAUAGAGCACCUGAAACAACGCAGCAGGGACUCUCUAUGAAUUUUGUGGAAUCUGUCGAGGGCCUUUCAUGUUCAAGAACAUCUACUAGUGUAUCUUGGAAUACAUUGGAUUCAGGUACUCUUGAAGACCAGCCUCUGGAGAAAAUUGAAGAGUCUAACAGUCCAAACAAGAUGUCCCUUGAGGAGCUUGCAGCCUCUGUAGUUCAAGAUUCUCAAGAAUCAAAUGACGGGCAUGAGACUGAUGCAUGUGUGAAAUCUCGUUCUUCAUUCCAAGAAAAUAUAAAUUCAGUGAUCCAUCAAAUUUCAGAUUUGGCUCAUAAUACUGGUGAUGAGGAUGAUAGUAUAGUUAGCCAGAAAGAACCACUGGCAUCUGAGUCUCAGGAACAAGAUGCCAAAAGGCCGAAGUUUAUGAAUGAAUCAGGUGGUUCAAGUCGACGAUUCACAAGGAGGAUGCUAAAAGAAACAUGUUUAAUGUCAUGAGAAUAGUGUUAGAAGCAGCAGAAAAUGUUAAUACUUGGAAGUACUAACCCAGAACCGAAGAUUCAGGUAGGAGAGAAAUAUGAGGAUUGAGGAGGUUAAAAGAGCUGUGUUGGUACAACAUAUGGCCCUUGAUAAGUGAAUCUUUUUGUGUAUACACAUCCUGAGUUGCCUCACAUCUGCAGGAUGACGUAUAAAAUGUUGAUAAAUUUCUUUUCUUAGUUUUGGUGGGACUAGCAAAAUGUAGAAGGCAUAUCAGCUCAAACUUCAUAGUGUAAGUAUGUCGAGUGUCCGAUAGGAAUUUCAUAUGAUUAGUAACCAGAAUGGGGUGAUUAAUCAUGGUCAGUCUUAGAUUCAUUUUGGUAAGAACAACAAAUUAGCUUAUAGUUUAUUAAACAAGUCUGUUAACUUGAUCGUUCAAAGGAACUUUAAUUUGUUAGAAACUUA